UCCAGCAACUCUCCCACCUCAUGCGCUCCUGGACAUCAUUGGGAGCUGGCUGUGUACUGGACGAUCGGAGAACGAGACGCUCCACCCUCUCGCUUGUAGACUGAACCUCAACUCGACCGGCUGGAUUAUGGAGGGUACACCGCGCACUCCGCGCUUGGGGAGCGCAUGGCCAGCAACGCCACAGACGGACAGGAGGAGUGGGCGGUUGGGCGAGAGCGCGGGUAUACAGCGAGUCACAGAGCGGCUACCAGAGCUACCUUCUCUGCGGCCAACCUUCUCUUCGUCCCCACCCGGAGAACCUUUGGUACCGGAGCACAUACUGGACGCGCCUUCACAACGACUUUGGGCAGUUGCGAUAUGGGUGCUCCUGUGGAGUUGGAAGGCUUAUGAUUUCACGACACUGCAAGACUUGGAAGAGCAGAGUCUAUGGCUGUUCAUGAAAUGGGUCGCCUUGGAUGGCAUAUUCUUGUUCGGCCUGCCAACGAUGCGAAUACCAUGGCUGGAGUGGAGUUCAAUGACGAUGAUACUGUUGUUCUUCGCACAUGCUUUCGCAGACGGCAUGAUGAUGUUUCGCAUACCAAUCCCGGUCGCCGCAGGGUUCGCGAUCUUGGGUCGGAGCAUAUUUGGAGCUUCAGAAAUUGCCAUCGCAGAGCGGAGUGUCAAUCCGCGAUCAAUCGAAUUCAAUGAGUCGCUCAUCCUUGGUCGCCAGAUCAUCCACAUCCUGCCCGAAGGCUCAGCAGUGCUCAAUGCAGAGAAGGAGACUUUCUGCAUUGAUGGUACAACAAGGGUGGACGCGAAGCUGCCCAUCACCAUCAACUCAACUAAUCCCAUCAGUAUGGAUCUGCUGCGCAUUGAUUUGGAGACCGAUGCGAGUGAGACCAUCCGAAUCAGCAAGUCACAGAUCCGGACAAUGCACAAGGAUGCAUCUCGACUAAAGUCCUAUAGCGAAAAGCCGAACGAGCCAAAAACGCUUUACUACACCGUCCGGAAACCCGGAAUAUACUCCCUUACUAAGGUAGUCGAUGAGUCCAACCUCGAGGUUGCCCGUAAGCGUAUCGAGCACACAGUUGUGGUGCCAUGUCCGAAAGCGGCAAUUCGACCCAUGACAACCGACCGGUGCAAAGGCGAUCUCUCCAGCAUCGAGCUUGAGGUGACAGGCACGCCACCCAUGCGUGUUAGAUACCGGAAGACCGUCAACCAGCAAGCGCAAGAGGCUACCUUCGAAAGCAUACAACCCGAAGAGUUUGUGUCACCGCUUACCAAGAGUGAGCGGCAGCAUGCCCUGGCUUUGCCAGGACAUUUGGAUCCUGCUUGGGUGAGGCCACAGAAGGUUCGCGUACCGCUGAGCGAGGGCAUGACUACGGCGGGUAAGUGGGUCUACGCUAUCUCUGAGGUGAUUGAUGGCUUCGGCAACAAAGUAUCGUACUCGGAAAAAGACCAUGACUCUCAAGAGAAGCAUGGCUCGAAAUCGCCAUCACUGCAUCAAGUCAUUACAGUCCACGAGCGGCCGUUGGUGAAUCUGAAGGGCUGCAGCCCGCAGAACCCACUAAAGGUGGCGAAAGGCAGCACUGCGCAGCUGCCGGUGCAACUGGGCUCAACAGGAAAGGGUCCAAUUGCGGACAUUCCUUACCACCUCGAGUACAUCUUUAGUCCGCAGAGCGGCAUCUCCGCCACGGGCGAGCAUAGUGUAGACGCACAGAAGGCCAACUUCAAGAUCAAAGAUAGCAGCCAGCGACCGACAAUCCAAGAAGCGGGAUUGUACACCAUUGUCGGUGUCUCCACCGACUACUGCGGGGGCGAGGUGCUUGAACCAGCGUCUUGCCUACUACAGAACCCGCCGGAACCCGAGCUGAAGAUCACUAAAGAGGAGAUCUUCGACAAGUGCGCCGGCAGUCCGAUAGGUUUGCGUGUAGACCUCGACUUGGUGGGCACGCCGCCGUUUGAGGUCUCUUACCGCGUGGUGAAGGACCGCCAGAGCCACCACACGUCAGCGACGGAGAGAGUCACUGGGCAACGUGGUCAGAUUGAGUUGACGCCACGAGAAGCUGGCUCAUACGAAUACGAGUUCUACCAAAUCAGCGACGCCGUUUACAAGAACCGGCCAUUGAAGGAUCUCAAGCUCAAUCAAAGUGUCAAACCCGCGGCUUCCGCGCGUUUCAUCGGAUCCGAAGGAACCAGAAGCGCAUGCAUCGACGAGACUGCCAAAUUCAAUGUGGGCUUUACGGGCGAAGAGCCGUUCACACUGGAAUACGAAAUCGUUCAUAAUGGCAAGCGCGCCAACUAUGCUCUAACGGACAUCAAGAGCAAAAGGCUUGCGCUGGCGACCGAGCACCUGCAUGAAGGUGGUGACUAUACAAUUGCGCUCAUCAGUGUCACCGAUAAGAUGGGCUGCAAGGAGUUCCUGAAGGGCGAGACGAAGAUCUCCGUCCGGCAUCAGAAACCGAGAGUCGCCUUUGGCCAGAUAGAUGGGCGCCGAACGCUAGAUACCCUGGAAGGAAAGUCAGUAGAGCUGCCGCUUCGACUAUCCGGCGAGGCACCGUGGACGGUCGCUCUUCGGGAUCAGGCUGGCAAGACUCACGACAUAGCGGCGAACACGCCUAAUGACCAGAUCAAGGUUUCAGCGGCCGGUAUUUACGAGCUUCUGAGUGUGAAGGACGCCAGCUGUCCGGGUCAAGUGGACGACCAAGCCAACACCUUCGAAAUUAAGACAGUCCCGCGACCCGAGGUGCGUGUUCCAGAAGAUCAAGUCGCCGCACACAGCGGCAACAAGCUCGUCAAAACUGAAGUGUGCGAGGGCGAAGACGACGCGAUUGAGGUGCUUUUCAAGGGCUCGCCACCGUUCAGCUUGUACUAUGUCGAACAUAUUAAGCCAGACCACGGCGUCACCGCUCCGAAGAACAAGGAGCUUCGGGCUGCUGUGAACGUGGCAACGCUACGCAUGAACACAGCUCAAGCAGGUCUACACGAGUAUGAGUUCAGCAAGCUGGAAGAUGCCAAUUACGACCACAGCAAGGAGCACUUCACGCCUAUAACCGUCCAACAGCGCGUCAAUCCUCGGCCGUCUGUGGCCUUUGCCAACCCAGGCAAGACGUACAGCUACUGCUCCGUAGAAUCUGCGGGCGAGGAGGUGAUUCCAAUCACUCUGCACGGCAAGCCUCCAUUCGAUGUCGAGCUCGAAAUCAAGCAGCUUGCCGGUGGUAAGCCCGAACUCAUUCGCUUGAGUGAUAUCAUGGAGCACAAGCACAACGUGAAGAUUCCGCACAGCAGAGUGCAGCUUGGCAGAUCAGCCAUGUCGCUGCGCAGAGUCAGUGACAGCCGCGGCUGCAGUCGCCUGCUCGACAGCACCACGCCGCGCGUGCAGAUUUCCGUGCACGAUGCACCCACCAUCACGCCGCUCGAAAGCCACGACGACGUCUGCGUAGGCGAUCAUGUCAGCUUCGCACUUUCCGGGCAGGCGCCGUUCGAUGUCUACUAUGAGUUCGAGGGCAAGAAGCGCAAGGCUGUAGCGACCGGCACGACGUUCAGGCGAUUGGCCGAGAAGCCUGGUACUUUUACCGUCACCGGCGUGGAAGACAAUGCCUCUUCCUGCCACUCCGCGGCGAACAUCACUCGCCGCAUCCAUGGCAUGCCCUCGGUGCGAGUCUCCGGCGGCCGCGAGUCAUACGUCGACAUACACGAGGGCAGCGAGACGGAGAUCCUGUUCACCUUUGGCGGUGUGCCGCCGUUUGAGUUCACUUACACGCGGAGCUCGAAUACGGAGAAGGGUGGGAAGAAGCGCGGUGUGGUUCUUGACAUGAGGCAUGAGGUUAGUGAGGAGUAUAGUAUGCGGAUCAAGGCAGGCGAGGAAGGCACGUACGAGGUGGUGGCCAUUAAGGAUCGGUAUUGUGCGUAUGCUAAGCCGGGAAUCAACUUGCAGUGGAAGGAGGGACAGAAGAGGUUGGGUUUUCAUUGAGUAGCCAUGAAGGCGCACAGUUAGUUGAAGAGUUUUAGCGAUGGCGCCUGGAGUGGGAAGCUGUUGGUCAUGUACA